AUGGAUUCCGAGAAAGAAAUGUCGGGCAAAGGACAUGAAGAGUCUCGGCUCGACACCAAACCCGCCAUGAUUAGCACCAGCGAUGCAAUUGCUGCUGAUGAUAUCAAGUUUGGCGAGAUUAGCGACGAUGCUAAACGCAUGGCGCAUCUACUGGAGGGUGAAGAAAUGAGCCCCGAGGAGAAGGAGGCGGAUCGCAAACUUCUGCGAAAGAUCGAUUUGCACCUUCUGCCGCUGCUCAUGUUCACUUACGGAGUUCAGUACUCAGAUAAGAUCAGUCUCUCCUCUUCGGUCGCCUUUGAUUUGAUAGAAGAUACUCAUCUUGUUGGAAAUGACUUUGCCUGGCUUUCCACUGGCUUCUACCUUGCCUUCCUUGCAUUUGAGUUUCCAUUUGGAUUCAUCAUGCAAAGGUUCCCUCUGGAAAAGGUUCUCGGUUUCACUGUGAUGGGGUGGGGUGUUUGCGUGCUUUCCCUCGCCGCGUGUCACAACUUCACAGAACUCAUGGUUGUGCGAGCUAUUCUCGGAGCUUUGGAAGCUCCUAUUUCUCCCGGGUUUCUCAUCAUCAUCACUGCCUGGUACAAGAGAGAAGAGCAGGUUGUGAGAUCUCUAGCCUUCUUUUCCAUGAACAGUUUCUUCAGUCUCUUCAUCCUCAUGUGUAAUUACGGUGUAGGUCUAGCUGCCGUCGGAUCCUCCAUCGCAUCAUGGAAAGCUAUCAACUGUAAGUAUAAGUCUACAUUCGGCAGUCAAAUAUAUGGCGCACAACCUCUGCUAACACAUAUCACAGUAUUCCUGGGAGCGUUGUCUUUCACUUGGGGCGUAGUUCUCACUUGGGGACUCUGCGUGCCAAAGAAAGCAAGGUGGCUUACACAAGAGGAGAAAGCGCGCGUCCAGGCGCGAUUGGUCCAGAACAAGACAGGAGAAUCAGCAGAACGUGUCAAGAUUCAAUGGUAUCAAGUUUGGGAAUGUUUCGUCGACCCACAGAUUUGGUUCAUCGCUCUGACCACUGUUCUUAAAACUUGUGCCUCGGGAGGUUUCUCAACCUUUUCUACACUUAUUCUCAAGUCCUUCGGUCUCAAUACCGUUCAAACCAUUGCAUAUCAGCUGCCGUGGUAUGCAACUCAAAUGCUUGGAGUUAUAAUCGUGGGCUACAUUGUCAACAAAUACAAGCAAAAGAUUGGCUUCUGGAUCACCGGUUUCUACACCUCAUCCUCCUUCCUCAUAUGGUCCACUACCGGUCUCAAUGUCGCCGGUCGUACCAAAAAGUCAACGGCCCAAGCCAUCGUAUUCAUCGCUUUCUGUGCUGGUUUCUGCAUCGGACCCCAAAUGUUCUAUUCAGCAUCAGCACCCCAGUAUCUCCCGGGCUUAUAUUUCUGUUGCGCCUGCUUCGUUGUUUGUGAGAUCAUUCUGGGGAUCUGGAUGGUCUGGGUGCGAUUGGAGAACAAACGCAGGGACAAGAAAGCGCUUGAGAUGGGCUGGAGCGAAGAGUACCAGCGGGUGCAUGGUUGCAUCAUGGGCCUGCAGGACAAGACCGACAGGGAGAACCCGCACUUCAGAUACCGCUACUGA